AUGGACGAGUUCUGCGUUCGCCUCCUCUCCUUCUACGAGCGCGGCGCAGACGGCAAGCCCGGCCGCUGGCCCCAUCCAGCCCUCGCGCCCGAGGCCAUGGCGGGUGCCGGCUUCCGCCUGCAAGGCAGCCAGGUGAAAUCCGGCGACAACGUCAUCUGCGACUUCUGCAGGCUCCAAGCCUGGAAGUGGGAAACCAAAGACGACCCCUUCCAGCAGCACCAGGACGCCUCGCCCAAAUGCGCGUACGUGGCCUCGGCCAUCUUUGGCCAGCACCGCGAGGUCUUCUCAAAGAAGCAGCUCGACAAGGGCGAGGCCGGCUCCUUGCCCCUCACCCCUCCCGCGACUCCCGCCAAGAGGUCGUACACGCCGCGCCGCCGCGUGGGGCUCUCGCCCAUCGUUACCGUUUACGAGAGCGCGCCGGCCGGUCAGGCGGCUCCGAGUUCACUGAAGCGGCAGAAGGCGCCCGUGCCGAUGGAAAUCUCUGUGACGACUGGCGAGAUCAACUUUGUCAUUCAGAUGUCUGAAGUCGGCGAGCCUGGCAACAAGAGACUUCGUCUUGAGUAG